GCAGAUGCCAGGGACUUCCCGGCCCCUUUUCUGGACAACCUAACUUGGUUUCGGUACGAUCCUUGUUGCUUUGAAGAGUGAAACAGCCGGCACAUGCGUGGACCGGAGAGAAGUCCUUGACUCAGAGCUGAGAUCGUGUCUCCUGGCAAGAGGACCCAGAAGACUGGUCCCCCGGAGAAGCAGCCGUUCGCUGACCUGCAGCUGGCCUGGCCCAGAGACAGCCCUUCAGGAAAUACAAGGAAAGAGAGGACAUGUUACACCUGGAACACUCUUGCUUGUUUUUCAGGAGCUGGCUGGCUCUGACAGUCGGUGUGCUUCUGGAUUUGAAGCUCUCAGCUUGCAGCAGUCUAUCUGGUUCCCGUCCAAAUAUCCUUCUUCUGAUGGCAGACGAUCUCGGCAUCGGAGAUGUCGGCUGCUAUGGCAACAACACCAUAAGGACUCCGAACAUUGACGGCCUUGCCGCGGAUGGCCUGAUGCUCACGCAGCACAUUGCUGCUGCUUCUGUGUGCACACCAAGCAGAGCUGCUUUCCUAACAGGCAGAUACCCUCUCCGAUCAGGUAUGGUGUCCAGUAAUGGUUAUCGUGUUCUUCAGUGGACGGGCGUAUCUGGAGGACUUCCGCCAAAUGAAACAACUUUUGCAAAAAUAUUGAAAGAUAAAGGCUAUGCCACUGGACUCAUAGGAAAAUGGCAUCUGGGUCUCAACUGUGAAUCCUCCGAUGAUUACUGCCACCACCCGCUCAGUCAUGGCUUUGACCAUUUCUACGGAAUGCCGUUUUCCAUGAUGGGAGACUGUGAGCCCUGGGAAAUGUCUGAAAAGCGCGCAGGCUUGGAGCGUAAACUCAACGUCUGCUCGCAUGUCAUGGCGUUGGCCGCCUUUACGCUCGCCGUUGGGAAACUCACCCGCCUGGUAGCGGGCUCCUGGACGCUGGUCAUCUGCUCAGCCAUCGUGGCCCUCCUGUUCUUCACGACCUCCUAUUUCGUGGGUGCCCUGAUCGUUCACGCGGACUGCUUUCUGAUGCGAAACCACUGCAUCACCGAGCAACCCAUGUGCCUUCAAAGGACGAUGGCUCUUAUGCUCAAGGAGGUCUCAUCCUUUGUCCAAAGAAACAAGCAAGGACCUUUCCUCCUCUUCGUGUCCUUUCUGCACGUGCACACCCCCCUUAUCACUACCGAGAACUUCCGAGGGAGGAGUCCCCAUGGGCUGUAUGGGGACAACAUAGAAGAGAUGGAUUGGAUGGUGGGGCAGAUCCUUGAUACUUUGGACACGGAAGGUUUGACCAACAGUACCCUCAUUUAUUUUACGUCGGAUCACGGGGGAUCCUUAGAGGCUCAGUUUGGAAACAAUCAAUAUGGUGGCUGGAAUGGGAUAUAUAAAGGUGGCAAAGGCAUGGGCGGCUGGGAAGGUGGGAUCCGGGUCCCGGGGAUACUCCGGUGGCCCGGGGUGCUGCCCGCUGGCCGCGUGAUCCACGAGCCCACCAGCCUGAUGGAUGUCUUCCCCACUGUGGUCCAGCUGGGGGGUGGCCAGGUGCCCCAUGACAGGGUGAUUGACGGCCAGGACCUGCUGCCCUUGCUACUGGGGACAGCCCAGCACUCGGGCCACGAGUUCCUGAUGCAUUACUGCGAGAGCUUCCUGCACGCAGCCCGGUGGCACCAACGGGACGGAGGGGCAGUGUGGAAAGUCCACUACAUGACCCCGAUGUUCCACCCAGACGGAGCCAGUGCCUGCUACGGGAGAGGGGUCUGCCCAUGCUCUGGGGACAAAGUAGCCCAUCAUGACCCACCGUUGCUGUUUGACCUCUCGAGAGACCCUUCUGAGGCUCACGCCCUCACGCCAGACACGGAGUCCUCAUUCCAUCAGGUGGUGGAGAGGAUCACAAAGGCCGUGGAGGACCAUCGCCGGACGCUCAGCCCGGUUCCACUGCAGCUGGACAUGCCGAACAACAUCUGGAAGCCGUGGCUCCAGCCCUGCUGUGGUCGGUUCCCCCUCUGCUGGUGCGAUCGGGAAGCUGACCCAUAAUAGCCGCCCGCCCGCAAAAACUAGGUCCCUGCUCCCUGGAGAUCGUUGUUGGGGUCAAAAUAAAAUGGCCUGACGUCAA